AUGGCUGAUGAUGGCCGCGGCAACUCCACUCGCGGCAUAGUGUCUGAGGAAUACCCAGACAAGAGCGACGCCGCUUCGAGCGAGAAGGAUGGCCUCCUCAGCUAUCACCACUGUCAACACCAACAAUGCAUCAGCCGUGGGGACUCUCGGGAGAGAAGCAGUCCCAAACGGACGAGCCGCCAGAAGAUCUCGAGGAGAUCCUUUGCCGAUUCUGUGUUCUGGAUCCAGUGGGCCAUCAUUGUUUGCCUUGUCAUCAGCACUUGCGCCGUGGCGGCGCAGCGGCGGACCUGUAUUGCCGGACCGGCGAUGAUGCCCGCGACGGCCCCGGCCCGGUCAACCAUCGAGCCGCUGGUUCCGGACCAUGUCACCGCGGCCCAAGAGCCCCUGAACUACGGCUACUACGUGCCCGAGCCGAUCCCCUACGACAUCUUUAGCAAUGUCUCACUGAUGGAGCAGCGACUGGCAGAGCUCGAGUAUGCCAAUGUCGGCACAGGGGUGAAGGCCAACGGACGUUACGGCGUCUAUGUUGACAAGUCGGGCAGGCAGCGCUUCCUUUACCCAAAGCUCACCAUCAACAACACCGAGGCCUACGUCAUAUCAGGCUUGCACCAGAUGCACUGCAUGAUGGAGACGCUGCGCGAUUACGGGCUGCUCGUCAACGGGUUUCGGCCGCUGUGGAACGAUCACCACGUCAUACACUGCUUCAACAAGUGGUACAGGUCCAUCGCCUGCUCCGCUGACAGCACGGCCGAGGGAUACCAGGAGCCGUUUGGCAGCGUGCCCAUGAGCGAGGUCCGCCGCGCCAGCUGGGCCAGCAGCGUGCCGCGGUGCCGCGACUUUGGCGCCCUUGUGCGCUGGGCCGAGGACCCGGCACAUGCUCUGCCCUUCCACUAUGACUCGGGUCUCAACGUGUCGGAUGUGUCUAGAUUGUCUGAGGAGUGUGACGUGACCAAGUGCCGUGAUGAGAGGGGUUGGAUGGGGCUGGACUGA